UUCUCUCUCUCUCCAAACCUCCCACAUUCUUUCCUGUCAACGUCACCGAGUGCACCACUCUCUCUCUCUGAUAUCCGGAACACAACACGGUCAGGUCUGAUCCCACUCCCUCUCCGAAACGUUUCCUUCUUCUGUUCUCCUCGUCGCCCCCUUUCUCGUCCAUCCAAAUCCCACUGCUCUCGCUGUGUUGAACGCGACUGAAUUCCCUACCCAAAUCUUUCGGAUUCGUUCUUUUUUAUUAUUUCAUUUCAUCAAACCGAUUCUUCCCCACUCUCUCUGAUUUAAUUUCUUUAUUUUCCCCUUGAAUUUCCCGCAUAAUCGUUUUUCCGAUCCUAUUUUUCAAGAUUAUCUUACUCUUAAAAAAAAACUUAUACCUGAUCAAAAUGAUUAUUAACGACCUCUGUAAUUCAAAUUAGCUUUUCUUAAGAAUUUCAAAUCUCUCCCUCACCCUCUUAAAGAAAAUAGCUGAAUUCAUGUAGCUUUCCUUUCCAAACAGAUCUAGGGAGAGAGAACCCGAAUUAAGCCAGCCUGCAAUGGCCAGGAGUAGUAGUAGAAGGUCUGGGGAUCACAAAGAAGAAACCGACAAGCACACGGGUCUGUUAAAACUGGUCCAAAUCCUAUCUUUCCUAUUGGUUUUCGUCGCCGGCGUGGUUAUCGGAUUAGCGGCCACGUGGCACAUCAACCGCAAGAUGGCGUUCAACUAUCACCCGGAGGUGUACUCCUUCGUGAACCACGUCUCCGCCCCCGGCAAUUGCACCAGUAGGAGCACAGUCGUCAAGCCGGUGGAUUGCCUGAGCAUGGAGGCGUUUCUGCGGCCGAUCAAUGUGACGCACGGGAUGUCCGACGAGGAGCUGUUUUGGAGGGCGUCGAUGGUGCCAAAGAAGAAAGAAUACCCGAAUCAGAGAAGAGUUCCAAAGGUGGCGUUCAUGUUCCUGACAAGGGGGCCGUUGCCAAUGUUGCCGCUGUGGGAGAGGUUCUUUUGGGGACAUGCUAGGGAGUUGUACUCCGUUUACGUUCAUGCGCCUCCCGGGUACAACCUCAACGUCUCCACCCAUUCACCUUUCUAUGGACGCCAAAUCCCCAGUCAGAAGGUUGAGUGGGGAACAACGACACUAUCGGACGCGGAGAGGCGGCUUCUGGGCAAUGGAUUGCUAGACUUUUCAAACGAAAGAUUUGUUCUGCUUUCGGAGAGCUGCAUCCCGGUCUAUAACUUCCCAAUUGUAUACAAAUAUCUGACUGCUUCUUCCCAUAGCUUUGUUGAAUCAUACGAUGAACCCUCUCGUUAUGGAAGAGGUCGCUACAAUCGCAAUAUGCUCCCCUACAUACAGCUCCGUCAUUGGCGUAAAGGGUCUCAGUGGUUUGAACUUCACCGUGCACUCGCUAUUUCCAUAGUCGCCGACACCAACUACUACACCCUCUUCAGCAAAUAUUGUAGGCCUGCUUGCUACCCAGAUGAACAUUACAUUCCUACUUUCCUCCACAUGUUCUACGCUUCACAUAAUUCUAAUCGGACCGUGACUUGGGUUGAUUGGUCCAUGGGCGGUCCACACCCCGCACUCUACGGAAAGUCUAACAUCACAGAUGAUUUCAUACGAUCUAUUCGUAACAACGGCACCCACUGCCAAUAUAAUUCUGACACCACCUCUGUUUGUUACCUCUUUGCUCGGAAGUUUGCUCCGAGUGCACUGCAGCCAUUGCUCAACCUUUCCUACUCUGUACUUGAAUUUUGAAAGUUCUGAGUCUGCAGAGAUGCUAUUAUU